AUGUCCGACACUGCCGCUAAGCCGAUCGAGAAGAAGCCGGUCAAGUUUAGCAAUCUGCUACGUGAGUCCGAGUCAAAGAAAAAAAAAGUGAUGGCGGAGGAGCCGCUGGAAGUGACCAAGACCACCAUGGCUGCCAAUCGUGCCGAUUCUUUCGCCGGGGCCAUGAGACGGAUUUGGGGGCGCGGUGGCAUUUUCGGCUACUACCAAGGUCUCAUUCCCUGGGCCUGGAUUGAGGCUUCCACCAAGGGCGCCGUGCUGCUUUUCGUGGCCUCCGAGGCCGAGUUCUACACCAAAACCUACGGCGCGUCCGACUUUGGUGCUGGUAUUGUUGGUGGUAUGGCCGGUGGUGUUGCACAGGCUUACGCAACCGUCGGUUUCUGUACAUGCAUGAAGACGGUCGAGAUCACCCGUCACAAGCUGUCCGCUACUGGCGUCAAGCCCCCGGGCACCUGGGAAACAUUCAUGGACAUCUACCGCAAAGAAGGAAUCCGUGGUAUCAACAAGGGUGUUAAUGCGGUCGCCAUCCGUCAAACAACCAACUGGGGUUCUCGUUUCGGUCUUUCUCGAUUGAUCGAGAUCGGCAUUCGCAAAAUGUCCAACAAGGACGACGGCCAGAAGCUGACCGCCGCCGAGAAGAUCGUCGCCUCGGGACUGGGUGGUGGUCUGUCCGCUUGGAACCAGCCCAUCGAGGUCAUCCGUAUCGAGAUGCAGAGCAAGACCGAAGACCCUAACCGCCCCAAGAACUUGACUGUCGGCAAGACUUUCAGGUACAUCUACCAGAACAACGGAAUCAAGGGUCUGUACCGCGGAGUCGCUCCUCGUAUUGGCCUGGGAAUGUGGCAGACUGUAUGCAUGGUGGCUCUGGGUGACUUGGCCAAGGAUGCUGUAGAAAAGCUCACUGGCGACAAGGUCUCCGCAAAGCACUAA